AUGAGGCAAACAUUAUCAUCACUCUUGAUAUUCGGCUGGAUCUGGCUAAGUGAGACAUUAGCUCAAUCCACAUCAUCAACGCCUGUGCCCACUGGUGUCGCGAUUCAAGGUGAUUAUACCGGACCCUAUAGGCCUAGAGUACAUUAUUCACCUCCAAAAGGUUUCAUGAAUGAUCCAAAUGGUUUAUUCAAGGAUAACAACGGUACUUGGCAUAUGUAUUACCAAUACAAUCCUACGGAUGUAGUAGCUGGAAAUCAACAUUGGGGACAUGCCACUUCACCUGAUUUAUAUCAUUGGACCAAUCAACCUAUAGCUCUUUUUCCUCCCAAUUCGACCAGCGGUGUAUUCUCAGGAUCAGCAGUAUUGGAUCCCAACAAUACUUCAGGUUUCUUCCCUAAUACAACAGAAGGCGUAGUUGCUAUCUACACUUUGAAUACGCCGACUAAACAAACUCAGGAAUUAGCUUAUUCCUUCGAUGGUGGAUAUACUUUUACUCCCUAUUCAGGCAAUCCAGUACUAGACGUCAAUUCAAAUCAAUUUCGUGAUCCAAAAGUCAUUCGAUACGAUGACACGUGGGUUAUGGUAAUCGCUUUCGCUUCAGAAUACGUUAUUGGUAUAUAUACUUCAUCGGAUCUGAAAGAAUGGUCACACGCUUCAAAUAUCUCACAUAUCGAUUUAUUGGGAAUACAAUAUGAAUGUCCCAAUCUGGUUUCAUUACCCAUAAGCAACUCAUCGGAGACAGGUUGGGUUUUGACUAUCUCAGUCAAUCCCGGUGCUCCAUUAGGUGGAUCAAUAACGGAAUAUUUCGCAGGAGAGUUCAACGGGACUCAUUUUAAACCUCACGAUGGUGCUACAAGAUUAUCGAAUUUCGCUAAAGACGACUAUGCAGGUCAAUUCUUCUAUGAUCAACCAAUCAGUAUUGGCUGGGCAAGUAAUUGGGGAUAUACAAAUACUGUACCUACCGCAAGUGAAGGUUGGAGAAGUGCAAUGACGUUGCCCAGGAAGAACUCCUUAGUAGAUACAGGUAUUAGAGGAUGGGAAAUGGUUCAAGAAAUUUACGACGUUUCACCGAUCCUUUCACAGCAAUUAUCAUUCACCCAGAAUCUGGCGAAUACUUCAACAGAGGCAAGUUUCAACAACGGAUUAUAUUUCGAUAUGAACAUUACUUUCCCUGAAAAAGUCACCUUCUCAUCUUACGCUUCCAUGAAUUUUACUUUCUCGACUAAUUCUACAGGAGAAAGUGUCAAAGGAGGUUAUAUCUUAGCUGGAUCUACACCUUAUACAGCUUGGUUAGAUCGGGGCAAAACAAGCGGUUUUGAUAGCCCACUUUUCACCGACAAGUUCUCAGUUUCUCAGGUAUCACCUGCAAAACGAAUUACAGGCGUAAUGGAUCGAAGCUUGUUUGAAGUAUAUGUAGAUGAUGGUGCUGUAGUUGGAACAAUGGAUGUUUAUCCCACAGAACCGUUGACUAAAUUCACAAUUAGUACAGGUGAUCUGCCCGAGGGUGCCCAAAUCACCUUUAGUGCUUGGGAAAUACAAGAUACAUGGGCAUGA